AUGUCUACUCCCCCGAAGCCGCCCUCCACACCCUCCGAAUCUCGCGAACGCCUCGCCCUCCUCCGAGGCAUGCACCUCCGCAACCACGCCUCCUCGACUCUAUCCCCCUCUUCCUUCGAAUCCCGACGCACCCACCUCGUAACAGCCUACAAAAGUGGCACUUUCCUGAAAGACGGUCCCGAGUCUCGCGGCAAAGCAGCACCGAACCCCAUGACCGACCCGGCAGCCAUGGAGGGCAUGAUGGGCAUGAUGAAGGGAAAUAUGGCGAUGAUGAUCCCUCAAACCUUGAUAAUGGGGUGGAUCAACGCCUUCUUUGCAGGAUAUGUGAUCUUAAAGCUGCCGUUCCCGUUGACGAUCCGAUUCAAGUCGAUGUUGCAGUCCGGUGUCAUGACGAGAGAUCUUGAUGUGAGGUGGGUGUCGAGUCUGUCGUGGUAUUUUCUGUGCCUAUUCGGCCUGCAACCAGUGUUCGCGUUCAUCCUGGGGAAUGAUAAUGCCGCGAACCAAAUGUCCCAACAAAUGGCACAGAUGAAUCCCGCAGCCAAUGCCAAUCCCUUCGGACCAGGUCAGGAUCCAGACAAGAUGUUUCUCGCCGAGGCGGAGAACCUGGAGGUGAUGGAGCAUUAUAGCAUUCUGGAUGGGGUGGAGGAAAGUCUGACAUGCCGUGCCCGCAAGCUCAAAUGCGACGAGAAACGACCAAGGUGUCACAACUGUCAAAAAGGCAAGAGAGACUGUCAACCAUCUGAUGGGAUUGUGUUUCGUCACCAGCAGAAUGCAUCCAUGAAUGGCACAGAUGGUGGAUCAAAAGGCGACGGAAAUCUGCCCGGCUUCUACUCAUACAAAAAUACCUUCAGCCCUGACAGCGUAUGGCUUGAGAUUCCCAAGAAAGUUACUUUCGUCGACGUCACUGAUCCAUAUGCGGAAGAUCCCUUAGAGCCUCCAUUCACCUCAUCUGACACCUCUGUCUCUGCGCCAUCACGAACAGAAUGGGGUCCUGGUGAUAAUUACGGGAGCAGACCCAGCGAAAUCGCCGCACACGGUUUGGAAGCUCUCUCUGUUGCCGCCUCCAGAGACAGAAGCGCUUUCCCGCAGCCACAAAUCUCUCACCAUGACCUGGCUUCGACUGCAAUAUCGUACAUGGCACAGAGUCCCAGCGCCCCUGUAUCAGCCAGAAAGCACAUGCACACAUCUCAUUCACCCACAACGUCCCUAAUUUCGAACAAUAAUAUCAACUUCUUGCUGAACCCUCAAGGUUCGAGAUCGCCUCCUAUUGACCCUAGUCUGCGGAAUGCACCAGACCACCAAGAGAAUUCGCCUUCAAUAGGUUUUCGUUCUGAAGCCAGAGUUGAGCAACCUGCGGAAUCAGAUCAAGAAGUGGCAUACCUGCUCCGUCACUUUGCGGAAGCUCCUGGAUAG